UGCUGACUGACCUCCAUGAUCAUUUGCUCGUGAACGUGUUACAGUGACGGGACAUGCCUUCGUCCCCCUCUGCGACGGCGGAUGGCUCCAUACCCGAAGCCCCUCCGAUCACUAACACACUGGUGAAUGGGGGUCCAGUUACUUGUCCCAGUUCGUCGAGCGUUGGCCACCACUGUCCGGUGCUGCCAAUACCCUCAAACAUUGUCGAGCUGUCGUCGUCAGUAGAGUCAACUGUAGCCCAAACCAUACCAACAACAUCAUCAUCAAACCCAUCCACGACAGACGACAGCACCGCCGCCGUCUCGUCCCCAUCAGGUCGUCGUCCAGUUGAUGCAACCGUCGCGACAUCCCACCCGAUUCUGACCGACAUCCACGCCGCGUACGCGUUUGGCCCCACCCUGGGCCGGGGGGCCCACUCGGAGGUGUUUGCCGGUCUGGACAAGACCACCGGCACUCCCGUUGCCAUCAAAGCCAUCGCAAAGAUCGGACUCGACCAGUUCUACCUCGACGCCCUCGGCCACGAAAUCAACUACUUGUACCAGCUUCGAUCGCAUCCACACAUCAUCCGAUUGCACGCGGUGUACGCCGACACGGACCAGUACUACCUCGUCACCGAAUACUUGGCAGGGGGCGAGCUCUUUGAUCGGAUCGUCGAGCAGGAGUACUACUCCGAAAACGAAGCGCGAGCGCUUGUGCGUUUGGUGCUCCAAGCCAUCAAACACUGCCACGACCACGACAUUGUCCAUCGAGACCUCAAGCCGGAAAAUAUCUUUUUGGCGUCGGCUUCUGACAACACGUCGGUCAAAAUUGGCGAUUUUGGGUAUGCCGUGGUCGCAGCCGAGAGUACCCUCACGACUGCGUGCGGCACGCCCAGCUAUGUCGCGCCCGAGAUCCUCCUCCACGAACCUUAUGGCAAGCCCGUGGAUGUGUGGAGUGUGGGGGUGAUCACGUACAUCUUGCUUGUGGGGUACAUGCCGUUCCAUGGCAAUACCCAAGUGGAGCUGUUUUCCCGCAUCAAGCACGCCGAGUACGACUGCCCCGACGACCUCUCGCCCGACGCGCAGGACUUUUUAUCCAAGAUGCUCGUGGUCGCCCCCGUCGAGAGGUACACAGUCGACCAGCUGCUCUGCCACGUGUGGAUCACGGGCACCGUCGUGCCGACGUUUCCGCUCACCAAGACCAGGGAAGAACUGCGAAAGUUUAACCUCCGUCGCAAAAUUCGAGCCGGCGUGCGCGCGGUGCAAGCUAUGGACACGUUUUCCAAGCUGCCCAAGAUCCAUUUGGAUGACGAGUUCGACGAUGAUGCACGGGGGAUGCCGAUAGAGGGGGACGGGGGGGAUGGCACGGUGCCGCCGCCGCCGACAACGCCAACAAACUCGGCGUCGAGACCCAAGCCAGGAAUUCUCGCCCAGCUGCCGUCGGCGCGCAGUUGGUUUCGAUCGAUGCGAGUUCACCCGACCAUCAGUUAAACGCUUGGCCCUGAAACGAUAUUCUUGGUAUCAACACCACCACCUCAGUUCGUGGCCAAGUUGCUCAACCACACGGCACCCGUGACUGGGACGACGAGUCAGGCUUUGAUGGCGAUAUUUGACAAUGAGUUGCUGUAACAUAUCCUAAUAACGUUAUUGAAAUAUCACCCAUGGUUGUU